AUGGGGGACAUAGAGAUUGAGAAAGCUGAGCUGGCUUCGUACCAGCUGAAGGAGGUUUUACAAGCUUGGUGCAAGAUACGACAGGAUAGCAGGGCGUUGGGUGGAGGUUUGAUCACAUGGGAGUUGUUUAAGAUAGCCUUUCUUGAGAGGUUCUUCCCCAGAGAGAUGAGAGAGGCUAAGUUUGAGGAGUUCAUCAACCUUAAGCACGGCUCAAUGACUAUUAGAGAGUAUUCCUUGAAAUUCAUAAAAUUGUCUAGGUAUGCCCCUUCCCUUGUGUCAAACAUCAGGGACGAGAUGAGCAGGUUGAGGACAGUAGGAAGAAGAGGAGAGUCCAUGAGGUCAGGAGGCCUAAUCUUGCUGACCAGACAAGUCCCAGCAGUGGUGGUGGAAGGAGCACUUUCGGAGUUCGUGAACAGCCCAGAUUUUAAGAAAGGGCAUCAGAUUUUAGGGAACCGUUACUCUCAGAGGAGUGCAACACCUAGAGGAGGCAAACGCGAACAAAAGAAGGGCAAUAGAGGUGAUGUGAAGCUUCCCAGAAACAAAUAUGGCAAGUGUGGUCGUAUUCACAGUGGAGAGUGCAGACUAGGCACAAAUUCCUGCUUCGGUUGCAGGAAGAACCGACAUAUGGUCAGGGACUGUCCACAAAAUAGAGGUCAGGAUGGAGGUAAUGCUCAGCCUAGGCCUAAUCCCCAAAAUGUUGCUGCAGCCGAGCCUCCUAAGAGGAAUAGAUUCUACGCCUUGAAGGGCAGGGAGGAGUGA